UUGACAGAAGGCUGCUUGUGGUACAUUCCUUGCACUUCCCAGAUUGGAGAUAACACGUAGUAAGUGCAGCUCGGCGCUACUCUCCGUACAAACCGAAUUAUAACGGCCCCGGAUCGUCCGCCUGCAGCCGGAGAAUGGCGUAUCCUGGAUACGGAGGGCCGUAUGGAAACAUGAACCCACAAAUGGGAAUGAUAGGGCAGACAAUGGCACCGAAUCUACACGGCGGCUUCUAUGGACAACCCCAGUAUGCUGCAAGCGAUCCGAUGUGGAGCUACUUCACAGCAGUGGCUGGACAGGAUGGUGAAAUUGACGCUGAAGAACUGCAGAGAUGUUUAACCCAGGCUGGAGUUAGUGGCACCUAUUCCCCCUUCAGUCUAGAGACCUGUCGGGUUAUGAUUGCCAUGUUGGAUAUGGACCAUACUGGCAAAAUGGGAUUCAAUGAAUUCAAAGAGCUCUGGGGUGCAUUAAAUGCCUGGAAACAAAACUUCUGUGCCAUUGAUCGUGACAGAAGUGGAACGGUGGAGCCUCAUGAGAUGAACCAGGCCAUACUGUCUAUGGGGUACAGAUUAAACCCACAAACCCUGAAUGUUCUAGUGAAGCGUUACAGUAAGAACGGCAGGAUAUACUUUGACGACUAUGUGGCGUGCUGUGUCAAGCUCCGGGCUUUGACAGACGUUUUUCGACGAAGAGAUGCCUUGCAGCAAGGAAUGGUCAGCUUUAUGUAUGAUGAUUUUUUGCUGACCACAAUGGCCCUCUGAAUACCCAUGAAGAACAUCAUGCCAAACAUGUGAAUUCUACAAGGAAGGAACCAAGUGUAUCUGUUGUAUACUUUAGUAGCCGAUAACGUACAUGCGACAUAAGUGCUGAAGCCUAAUGCGUUAACUUAUUUUGUAUUUGUAUACUAGGGCACAGGGGUCACUGUAAUAAAAUGUAAUGUCACCCUCGCGGAUCUGAUUUUCUUCCCAUUAUGGGUAUAAAAGCCAUUAUUUUGUUUUACGCAUAAAAAGUGCCUGCUUGUAAUACGUUAUUAUGUUAGAAGGGAAAUUGCUGUCACUUCUCUCCUUUUUUUGAGUGUUUUGUUUUUGGGCUUUUCCAUAUAAUAUUUUAAUCAUGUAUUCAGACCGAUGCACAACUUUACAAUGGAACAAAUAAACAUUUUUUAUAUACCGGUA